AUGGCAACCACGAUCAUGGAUCACCCAGCUGAGAUCAAUGCCAUGAUCGUGUCCUUUGUCGGGGUGGGGCGUUCGCACCCAAUCACGGCAGGCAGCUUCCAUGAUUCGUCUUCUCGGUUGAGAUGCUCCUCCAUGUAUGGUCACCAUGGUUCUGAUGUGGGCAAUCUGCGACUGGUUAAUAAAACUUUCUCCGCGCUUGCUUCACCACUUUAUUUCAGAUAUCUCUCCUUUUGCCUGGGUCUUGGAAAGGCAGCUGCUUUCCGGAGAUUUCAGGCAAUUUGUCGAAGCCCACAUGCAAUCCAUGCACGAGAGUUGCAGCUCAAGAUCUGCCACUGCCUGAAAGAUUCUGUGGGGGAGUUUUCUCGAUUCAUUAUAGGAAGCAAGCAGCAGUUUGAGAAGGAAUUCAUCACUGCUUUGUCCCGCCUGAAAAACCUUGAGACUCUGAGGUGGGUGUUCUGGUGUUUCUCUUCGUGGUGUUCAGAGAAUCAACAUAGCAUUCUCUAUGAAGCUGUUAUGAGGACAGACCUCCCAAAGCUGAAAAAUUUCAUGAUUGUAGUCUACAAAUUGCCUAAUUACCCGAGGAUUGUCCCAGAGCUAACCGGGGCUUCGCGAGAGCGGGUCAAACGGCUAAUGCGACAGAUUCGCUGUUUGUGGAUUGACCAGCCUGGCCAUUCGUUCUCAGGUGGUGAUGGAUCACCAUCACCCGGUCACGACUUCACAGCGUGGUUUGUCAGUGCUCUGAAAAAUGAUGUUGACCGCGAUUCCGAGUCAACACCCCGCAAUUCCGAGUCACCACCUCGCGAUUCGCUGUCAACACCCCGCGAUUCCGUGUCAUCGCCCCGAGGAGCGAUGACUGCCCUGCAGGCUCCCUCAAUUCACCUCGAAACACUUGUUCUAGAAAACGUGCCAGUAUCGCUUCAUGUCCUCAAAUUCCUUACAACGCAGGCUAGGCAGACAAUAAAACGAGUGGAGUUGUCCAUAGUCAUUGCUUACUCUUGCCGCUGGCGUGAUCUCCUGUCGCUCUUGAGUCGACUACCGCAUCUCGUGUACUUAAGGGUGCACAGAUGUACUGCCGUGAAGGAGACUGGAAACUACGCCCAUACUUAA